AUGGACAUAAAUUGCAAUGUUCUCUUUGUUGCAAUUUUCAUUCUGUUUAAUACUUCACUUGCUAAUAUUAGUACUGAUGAAGCUGCUCUUCUUUCUCUGAAAUCACACAUUUCUUUUCAUCCUAACAAUAUCUUAGCAAGCAACUGGUCUUCUUCCAGCCCAGUUUGCAGCUGGAUUGGAAUCACUUGCAGCUCCCGGCACCAUCGAGUCACUGCUUUAGACAUUUCUAGCAUGCAACUUCAUGGUACCAUUCCUCCACACCUUGGAAACCUCUCAUUUCUUUCUUCCCUUGACAUCAGUAACAACACUUUUCAUGGAGAUUUGCCACAAGAGUUGGCUCAUUUGCAGAGGUUGGAAUUGAUUAAUGUCAAAAGCAAUAACUUCACCGGAGCCAUUGCAUCAUUUUUAAGUUUGUUACCAAACCUAUGCUUUCUGUACCUAUCGAGCAACCAAUUUUCAGGGAGAAUUCCAACUUCCCUUUCCAAUCUAACAAAGCUACAAGAGUUGAGGUUGCAGAAUAAUUUUCUCAAAGGAGAGAUCCCUCGAGAAAUCGGUGAUCUUCAUUACCUGACUACACUAGACCUGGAAUUUAAUAAACUUACUGGCUCUAUACCAACAUCAAUCUUCAACAUUACAACGCUGCAUAACAUUGCUCUUAGUGAAAACAAUCUUACUGGUAAGCUUCCAACAACUAUAUGUGAUCAUCUUCCAAAUUUGAAAGGGCUUUACCUCUCAAAAAACUACCUAGGUGGCAUUAUUCCACCAGACAUAGAAAAUUGCAGAAAGCUUCAGAUCUUGUCAUUGUCUUACAAUGAGUUUAUUGGAACUGUACCAAGAGAGCUAUCCAACUUAACAGCUCUUACAACAUUAGUAAUUGAAUCUCUGCAUUUGGAAGGAGAGAUACCUAUGGAGCUAGGUAAUCUUAAGAAACUACAGUGGCUGGGAUUACCCUUCAAUGAGUUUACUGGUUCUAUCCCUGCAAGCAUUUUCAACAUUUCAGCACUGCAGAUCAUAGAAUUUGAACUAAACAAUCUUUCAGGUACUCUACCUUCAGAUUUAGGUCGUGGAAUGCCCAACCUAGAAGAAUUCUUUUGUGGAGGAAAUAAUCUGAGUGGUUUUAUCUCUGAUUCAAUCGCAAAUUCAUCAAAACUCAGAAAACUUGAUCUUGCAGUAAACAGUUUCACAGGUCCAAUUCCUAAAUCACUUGACUUGUCAGAAAAUCAUUUUUCUGGUUCAGUGCCCUCAUGCUUAGGGAAUGUUACGAGUUUGAGGUAUCUUAAUCUAGCUUUCAACAGGCUGAAUUCAUUACCUGCAAACUUGGGGAGCCUUCAAGAUCUAAUAGAAUUCAAUGUUUCAUCCAAUUUAUUAAGUGGCCAUAUUUCUCUGGAAUUCGGAAACUUUAAGUCUGCAACACUCAUUGAUUUGUCAAAAAAUGAUUUUUCUGAUAAAAUUCCUAGCACUUUAGGGGGUCUAGCUCAAUUGAUUAAUCUUUCUCUAGCACAUAAUAGAUUAGACGGGCCUAUUCCAGAUUUAUUUAGCAAAAUGUUGGCACUAGAAUUCUUGGAUCUGUGCUUUAACAAUCAUAGUGGUGAAAUUCCAAAGUCAUUAGAAGCUCUUGUGUAUCUCAAAUACCUAAAUAUCUCUUUCAAUGAACUCAGUGGAGAAAUUCCCAUUGGUGGUCCUUUUGCAAAUGUCACAAGUCAAUCUUUCUUGUCCAAUGAUGCACUUUGUGGUGACUCCCGAUUUAACGUAAAACCAUGCCUAAUCAAAUCUACAAAUAAGUCGAGAAGAAAAAGAGUGCUUACAGGUUUAUAUAUUCUAUUAGGGAUUGGAUCACUCUUCACGUUGGCUGUUGGAUUUGUGGUGUUUAGAUUGAGAAACACAAAGAAGAGUGCAAGUCAAAAAGAUGUCUCUCGUAAAAGGGCAUGA